GGGAAGGGGGGAGGGAAAGCCAGCCAGCCAGCCCCAAACUCUGCUGCCCUCCGCGGCCAAAUCCGCCCCGCAGCUCUGCAGCCAACUCAGCGUCUCCGCAACGAGAGACGGAGGAGAGGGCACGCAGAGUGCGUGCGUAAGGCAAGACGGGAACUCGCCCGGAGCCCCGCGAAAGAGACGGGGAGCCCUGUCCGCCUCGCCUCGCCCCCCGCUAGCCUCAGGCGCUUGCAGAAAAGCGCAGCUCAGCCGGUCUGCGCUGGAGCUGCUGCCCGGAGCCGGGAACGGAGGAAGGAAGGAAGUCAGUCCGGUUGCCGGGCUCGGUCCUUCCAGCCGAGCGGGGAGAGGCGGCAACUGCAGGAGGAGGUCUCAGAGGUGCUCGCAGCAACAGCCGCCGCCGCUUUUCUGCUCGAUUUGGCUGGAUCUUGUCGUGGAAAAGCUGUAAUAAUUACUACCAGUAUGUUGGUGCUAUCUGGCAAAGCUGUAAAUGUGACUUGACAUCUUGAGGACUGCAUCCAUGGCCGUUGGGUGAUCUGGUGAAUCAUGGAGCUGAAAGUAUGGGUCGACGGAGUCCAGAGGAUCGUUUGUGGUGUCACAGAAGUUACAACUUGCCAGGAGGUUGUGAUAGCACUUGCCCAAGCUAUAGGACGUACAGGAAGGUAUACCUUAAUAGAAAAAUGGAGAGAUACAGAGAGGCACCUGGCACCUCAUGAAAACCCGAUAAUUUCUUUGAACAAAUGGGGACAAUAUGCGAGUGAUGUGCAGUUAGUGUUGCGGCGUACUGGGCCCUCUCUCAGCGAGAGACCAACUUCUGACAGUGUUGCUCGGAUACCAGAAAGAACUUUGUAUCGUCAGAGCUUGCCCCCACUGGCCAAGCUAAGACCUCAGAAUGACAAGUCAAUAAAAAGGAGGGAGCCCAAAAGGAAAUCUUUGACUUUCACAGGAGGAGCGAAAGGAUUAAUGGACAUUUUCGGCAAAGGCAAAGAUUCUGAAUUCAAGCAGAAGGUUCUCAAUUGCAAGGCAACUGUUGAUGAGUUGAAGAAACUGAUCCACCUUCAGACUGAGAAGCUACAGUCUAUUGAGAAGCAGUUGGAUUCAAAUGAUGCUGAAAUCAAAUACUGGGAGCAGAGAUUCAGUUACAGCUUAGAAGAUGAAAUUGUCAAACUGGAGCAGAAGAUCAAACGGAAUGAGGUGGAAAUCGAGGAGGAGGAAUUUUGGGAGAAUGAGCUCCAGAUUGAGCAGGAAAAUGAGAAGCAGCUGAAGGAACAGCUCCAAGAGAUCCGACAUAGGAUUUUGGACUGUGAAAGCAAACUGAAGGAGUAUGUGGCCCAGAUUCAUGGUAUGGAAAGUGGCCUUGAGGCUGAGAAGUUACACCAGGAAGUGCAGGAGUCAAAAGUGAAUGAAGAAGAAGUCAAAGAGAAGAUUGAAAAAGUGAAGGGGGAGAUUGAUGUUCAGGGGCAGCAAAGUGUCCGGCUGGAAAAUGGCAUCAAAGCUGUUGAAAGGUCUCUGGGCCAAGCCACCAAGAGGUUGCAGGACAGAGAACAAGAACUAGAGCAGCUGACCAAGGAGUUGCGGCAAGUCAAUCUCCAGCAAUUUAUCCAGCAAACAGGGACGAAGGUCACCGUGCUACCAGCAGAACCUUCUGAACUGGAGGCUUCGCACACAGAGCUUGAGAGGGAAGCAACAUUUCAGACGGGAUCCCUGAAACGCCCCAGUUCAUCAAGACAGCUUCCCAGCAAUCUUCGGAUCCUGCAAAAUCCACUGUCCUCUGGUUUUAAUCCAGAGGGCAUUUAUGUAUAACUAUAUACCUCUUCCUGAGAGGACUAUGAAGGUACCAUGGACCAUAUACACUUCCCUCCUGUUGCUCCUGUUCUCCCAGUGAUGUGUGGAGAGGGGGGAAAAACUUGCUUUCAGAAACCAGCAAGCUUUAGUGUCUGGUUUUUUUAUACAUCAGAUCUACAACAAAAUUGGAAUCCUGCCUCAUGCACUGAUGCUGAUGAGGAAGAACUAAAGGAACCAUGGAGGCACUCAUCAGAAGUGUUGCAAUUGCUGCCAAAUAGCUAUGGUGCAAAUAGCUUCUCUGAAGCAUUUGGAGAGAAGCAUUAUUCCUCAGCAGGCAUAAAUAGCUGAUCAGAAUGCAAGAAACUGUGCAACUGAGUUAGGUGUUAAUUUAUUCCAUUCAGUCAGUGGAUGAGUGAAUGCUGACUUCUUGCCUAAGAGCUGGGUUACAUAUUAAGACCAACCCAAGGCUGCUCCUUAAAACAGCACUCCAUGUUAAGUUUUUCCUCUCUACUGUCCACAUGUAGAAUCGCUUCUGCUGUACUCUGAUGGCACCAUGUUGCGCAUUUCCCACCUCCCUCUGCACUUCAUUGUGCACUUGCCUUACCUUAGCAGCAGCAGCCAGUGCAACUGGAUGUCGAAACUGGGAGACAUCAUUCUAAACAUUAGAGGGGAGAACUCAAUGCGUGGAUGCAGUUUUCAGCAGCAGCAUCACGUUGGGCAUAAUUUGUAAUUUCGUCUUAAGUCGUAUUUGCAGUCUGAAGGGAGAUGUAUGCAUAGAUGAGUGUGUGUUCAUGUGAGAGAGAAUUUGCACGUGCAUGCAUGUGUGUGAGCACAGAAACAAAUUAGUGGUUCAUCAUUACAGUUAUCCGCAAUGUAAAGUGAUACUGAAGGUGAAAGGUGCAGAGUCUUUUAGAAAAUUCUCUGAUUUUCUUGUUCUGUUGCAAGUUUUGUUGUGUUAAAGCCAUUGCUGGAUUUUUGCGGUCAGUGGUGCGUCUACUUAAAGGUCCACAGGACUUCAUCCUUACUUGGUAAGGAUGUGUUUAGUAUUUGAUUGAAAAUCUUGUAGCUAGACAGUAUUUUAUUAUAUGAAAUUUAUAUUUGAGAUAUUUUGCCACAAUAAAUAUGCUUAUCAAGGAACAAAAUAGUAUAAAAUAUCUUCAGUCAAAUGUCUUGCCAAAGGAGUUCGACACUGUUUUUUUUUUUGUUUGUUUGUUUGUUUUGUCUAGCUUUUUUUUUUUUUUUUUUUUUUUUGGGUAACCACUGUGGUGUUCUUGUAUUAUAGCCAGCUUUUCCAGUAGACAAAGUAAUUCCAUUUUGGGCCACUCAUGACUCACAGAGUCAAACAACCUGCUAGCCAUGUAUGGUGGCCUGCUAAGUUCUUGGCAAACCUACCGGUUUUGCUGCACCAGAGAAGCAGCAAAAUCAGAGACUUACUAAAUGAUCUAUGACAUGUACAGCUGGUGGAGGAUAUUCAGCUUUGUGGGGUGGGAUGAGAAAGCUUGGAGGUCUAAUGGAAUGACUUGCUUACAGAAACACGGUAUCCCAUUUUUUAAAAAAUUCUGUAAAUGUUUGCAAGAUGAUUUCUGAUCAGUUUGUUACAAUACAAAAGGUUCUAAAGAAAUUGUCCCUUAAAAAGAGUACUCAUUCAUUUAUAAAAUACCUUGUCACCAAGUACUACCCAAAAUAAUAGAGUGUAGGUCUAGAGAAGAUUGCAUGCCCAAGAGAAAUAGGAGUAAGCACGUAAAUCAUUGUCCAUGGCAAGUUUUGUUUUGGUAACUGGAUCUCUACCUACUCAACUUGCUUCGAAACAGAACUUCAAGAUCACAAUGAUUUCUGUGUAUUUCAUGUAUUUCAAGCUACAUGCCAGAAUCAAUCUGUUGCAUUUUAAUUCAGUCUGCAUGAACAUAUGGAGGGCUCUUCGAUUCACUGGGGGAAUAUAUGGGCAUUUGGUGGCAGAAUUUUAGAGUUUGGUUUUGCAAAAAAUUUAGCGUUCAAUUUCUGAACAUACAAAUGACAACUUUAAGACAAAGGUCAGCUGUACUACCCACAGUAUAUUGUUUAAUUGCUGACAGUGGAAUCCAUUUAUGCUGCCGUUACCAAAGGACUGGGUAGCUUUACCGUAAAGCAGUGUACGGCUUUGUCCCCACUCAGAAACAUUACACAAGCAAACACACUGCAUGAAGGAAGAUGGAUGAACAUCCUGAAUCAUUCUGUCAAGCAAGGGACUCUUGCCUCCGAUUUGGCCUCAAUUUAUUCCUUUCAACCCUGUGGCUGGUUCCUUAGUCCAAUAACAGGGGGAAAUGGAGUUAUGGAGCAGAAUGAAAGAUCCCUCUUGCUGACUAAUGUUAACCUUGCAGUUUCUAGUUAUCAGUGUAAUGAAAUUGAAAUGGGAUUCUCGUAUAUGGUUCAGUGCUUCAAUCCAAUUUGUUUCAGUUGUGCUUAAGCAGACUGGUUUUUAUGAAGUAUGCCCACAGGUAAGAUUCAGCACAUCCUUGUCAGGUCUUCUGCUCAAAGCAGGUGUUUUGCAGGGUCACAUUAUUAGAUCAGGGAGUUUCCAGAAGUCAGUAUACAGUAUGUAAGCACCUCUUCAUUCACAAAGCAGAAUAUGGAAGAGGCAUCUCUCUUUAUUCUUCUAAAAAGUAAAGUAGAAUAUGCAGAACUCCUAACUAGAUUGAUUUGUAGACCAAUCAAAAUUGAAAGUGAACUCCCUUUAUGAAGUGUCUUCCUCAUGUAUAGCUAUAAAGAUGCAGUUCAUGUCAAAAGAAUCUGCAGAAUAAGUGGAUGUAUUUUUAAUGUUCAGUGUUAGCUCUAGAAAUGUUAAAUUUCAAAUAGCCUCUAAAAAUAUAAAAGAUAUUUUCAAAAAUAAUCUAUUAAAGAAAGAAAGUGGCUAUUUUUCUUCUUCCCUGUGCUCAAAUGCAAUUAUAGUCUGUGUUAAUUUUUCCUGCAGUUUUCUCAGUGAAGUGUCCUUUUGCUGUGUUGGACUACAACUCUCAUCAGUGACAGUAGCUGGCUGUGGUUGAUGGGCCUUGUAGUCUGAUACAUCUAGAAGGUACCUAGUUUUGAAAAGCUGUGAUGCAGUUUUGCCCAUCAGAGCAGCUAAUUCUGUGUCAUUUGCAUUAGGAAUGCCCAAAACAUUAACUUGUGGGGAUGAAAAAAUAGGCAUGGAACAUACACCACGAGGGGCAUGCGGUAGCCAGAUUGCUUGAGCACUUGCACCUUUCUUGCCAAGUCCAAUAAAAGAGCACACUUUAUUUUUGUAUGUUUGAAGUCCACAUGUGCAUCCGCUAUAGUGUGCAUCAUGUAACAUAGCAAUGGCAAUACUCGUGAUGGAGUCCUCCUUUGAAAAGGAAAGGAGAACCAAGGCCUUAACUUGUGUGUAUGAAGCUUAAUGUUCUUCUACAUGCAAACCUGGAAAGUGUCCACCAGCGAGACCCAUUGCCAUAGCUGGUACUCUUCUUUUGCCAAUAGGUUGGCAAUGGAGGGGCCAGAGAAACAUCCCUCAGGAGCCUGGAUUCGGCCUAGUGCCUGUCUUCAAACCUUUACCUUUAAAACUGGCAUUUGAAAGCUUAGUUUACAUUGUCUGGGGGAAGUGAAAGAAAGGAAUGGUUGGGUACUGCACUUCCUUUUGUACUAAAAGCACUAAGAGGAAGAAGUGGGCUGUGAGGAGGUGGGGACCUGAAUGGCAAGCAUUCAUUCAUACUCAACCCCAUUUUCUAGGUUAUCUGUACAUGUGAAUCAGGCCUCUGUGUUCCUAGGAUAAGUGGGAUUUCUAGGUAAGCAGCUGGGUAAUGGUGGACAAAUCCAAAAGCCAGCCAUGACUCAUCUUAUCCUGCCUCAGGCAGCCUCAAAAGAGUGGUGUAACAUUCUGGAGUGCUCUUGGCCACUGCUGUACAGAACUGCACCUCCCUCCCCUCAAACACGCCACGGAAUCCUCUUCUGGAUUCUGUGCAUCAGGGUUCGGCAGCAGAUGCGCAGAGUUUCCUCAGCACAUUAGUCAAUGUAGAAAGGGCUCCCUUGAGGGCAGAAAUGUUCAAACUCAACUUCUGUAGGUUUUGCAGCACGUAGUUUUUGAGCAGCAAUGGUUAGUUAUUACGCCCUUUACUGUUUUUGCCUGGAAAAACAGGGUCAACAUCAAAACAAGAGUUUAUUGCGGGAGGCUUAAUGUAGUCAGUCCGUUCUAGCCCCAUUCACCACACUUUAUUUGGUAUGAAGUGAAUUAUGUACGUACAGUCAAAUGCUUCCAGUGGUUAGGGACAUCAUUUAGCAUGUGAAAUAAUUCUUCUAAAUUGCAAUAUCCAGAACCUGUUGGCAGAUUCACAUGACCCGAGUGUUUGUCAGCUUGUUUAAAAGCAUGCCCCCAUAUAGACAUUUCCUUUGUGAAUACUAAGAAUAAUUGGGUUUUCAGAGAAGGAAAGGGAAUGUUGAUUUUCUUUUAAAGCCAUUGCCCAAAUCUUCCUUCCUCAGCCUGGUACCCUCUGGGUGAGUUGGACUGCAACUCCGACCAGGUUGGGGAGAGCUGGCCUGCCUUCUCUAAGCUACCUACUUAGAAGGCGUGAAGCACUGUAUAGACUGCAGUGAAACAGCAGGAAAAAUACACGAAGUUGGUCCAAACAUGUUUGUUACAGAGUAAGGAACAGAAAGUUCUUAAGUCCUCCUCCACUGUGCAUAUAAACUUGAAGGAAAAUGGGAUAUAGACAGAUAGGUGCCAGUGAAAUUGCUAGCCAUGCUAGCAAAAAUAGCCAAGAGUGUUGUAGCACCUUACAGGCAUUUUUUUAUUUUUUUGGGAUAAGCAUUUGUGGACUUCAGCCCACUUCGUCCAAUGCAUGGAGUGUUACCGAGUGUUUCAAGUAUAGAUACAAUAUGUAUGCAUUGGUGAGGUGGGGAGAAUUGCUAGCAAGUGAGGCCAAACGGAACUUAUAUGCAGAUGAUACUGACAGUGACAAUCAUGUUAUUAGCCAUGGCCAUUCACCAUAGAGUUGCUGCUGAUAACACAAGACAGCCUGAUAUUAGGUAAGCCAAUUAGCACAUGUAAAAAUCUUUUACCCCAGUUCAGACCUCUGACAGGAGUUAACAGUGUUGAUGACUUCCAGUUAUGUUCCCUUGCUCUACAGCUGCUGUGGUGAGCUCAGUGAUAAAGUGUUGUGGCACGCUGAAUCCUAUUCUCCCAUCUGAUUUUAAGUAUUAACAUUUCUGAGGUCAGCUUUGUGCUAUACAGAAUGCAGAAGAACAGUGGUGAGCAAAGAUGGCAUGCCUCACAUUGAAAGAUGGGCAAGUAAAUGAGCCCUUCAUGUUGUGAGUGACAUGUUUAGGUCUCAUUCACAGAACAUUUAUGCUGCCGCAGCAGACAUCCGGGUUCGUUGUAGAGGCUGGUCUCUGUGUUAGUAUCCUUGUGAUAUGCCCUCAUACAACUCUGUAGCUGUCUUAGGUUGCUGGUCUUGGUGGAGCUCCAAGACUCUUGUUUUUGCUGUGACAGAUGAACAUGGCUACCCUCUGGAAAUAGUCCUGCUAGUGUAGUGCUUCCAUCCCUUUUUCCUCAGAUGGAUUUUGCAAGUACUUGCAUGCCACUGCUGAGUUCUCAUUAAAGGUAACAGAAGUGGUGAAAUUGGGGGUGUAAGCUGUGUGUUAACCAGCAUGGAGUGAAAGUGAAAGCUGCUUUUAGCCCAUUUUAUGUCUUUGAAGCAGGGUGUGCAGUUUGUGGCCCUUGAUGUUGCUGGAUGGCAGUUCUCCUCAGUCCUAGACAUCAUAUUCUAUGGUGAGGGAUGAUACAAGUUUGUAGUCCAACCACUUCUAGUGAGUUGUGUGUUCUCCAGCUUUAAGGUGAUGGUGUAACUGGUGAAAGCACCCAUAUGUCUGACAAGAUAGCCAAAUGUAUUGUUAGAGAGAGUAAUAGAGCUUUCCCCAGUGACCACACUUGCUGGGGUUGAUGGAAGCUGUAGUCCCAACACAUCAGGAAGGCAGCAGGUUGGAAAAGACUGGGAAUGUAGUUGGAGACCUGAAGGGAAGUCCAGUGAGGCAAGGAAAUGCUCACUGUUCUUAAGUCUGUGCAUCCAGGUAGCGUGAUACCUUGCCUUUUGUAUUUGCAUUCAUUUUAAGAACUGCAGUGUCUUUCAAAAGGACAUUGGUGAUUUAUAUAAUUAGUAUGAGAAGGUUUGGUAAAAUUGUUUGCAUUGCGCAGGCACAAUAUUGCACAUUUAUGGGGAAGUGGAGAGAAUAACUUUCUAAUUUUUUCCCAAACUCUAAAAGUUACACAAAUUCCUAGUGUGCUUUACCUUAUGUGAAUUGGGCCUUAAUUAUCCAUGUAAAUAACAAAACUGUAUUCUGAUUUAUUUUCCAUUAUUGAAUAGUACUGUGCUGUAUUUUUUAAAAAAAAGUCUUGAAAGUGUUAAUUUUAUAUUAUAGCUCUUUUUUUAGACCAUUGAUUCAUGUACAUUUAUUCUAUUUGUUACAGUAUUUUAAUGUUUUGGAUGAAGGCCAUCAGCUAUAUGGAGAUGACAAAACAAACCAUUCUGUCAAUUUAUUUAUUCAGUAUUUUUGCUGCUUUACUUUUUUGAAAUAAAAUUUUCAUUGCCAGUACAGUGA